CUGGCCCUGGACGUGCUGUUCUGCACCUCCUCCAUCGUGCACCUGUGUGCCAUCAGCCUGGACCGCUACUGGUCGGUCACCCGGGCGGUCAGCUACAACCGCCAGCGCACGCCCCGCCGCAUCAAAGCCAUGAUCGCCGUGGUGUGGCUGGUGUCCGUGGUCAUCUCCUCGCCGCCGCUGCUCCUGUCCCAGGGCGGGAGCGGCCCGGGGGGGGCGGCGGCGGGGGGGCGGGAGUGCCUCAUCAACAACCAGACCUGGUACAUCCUGUCCUCCUGCCUGGUGUCCUUCUUCGGGCCGGCGGUGGUCAUGGUCCUGGUCUACUGGAGGAUCUACCGCGUGGCCAAGCAGCGCGCCGCCACCGUCUUCGUGGCCAGGAGCGCCAUGGAGCGCCAGCCCUCGCAGUCCGAGACCUGCCCGGGGCCGGGCGCCGCCGGGGGGGGGCCGGGCGCCGCCGGGGGGGGGCCGGGCGCCGCCGGGGGGGGGCUGGAGGCCAUCCGCCUGGAGGAGAGGCCCCCUCAGCCCCGGCCCAAACCCGGCUUCCCCCGGGCCCUGAGCUUCUCCCAGAGCGUCCCAACGGAGGCCCCGCCCCCCCCGCCCUGGGCGUCCUCGGGGCGGCGCUCCCACCACCGGCUGCUCCCCCCGCCGCGGCCGGCCGGCGGCGGGCGCCCGUCCCUGUCCCGGAGCAGAGUGGCGCAGGCGAGGGAGAAGCGCUUCACGCUGGUGCUGGCCGUGGUGAUGGGCGCCUUCGUGCUGUGCUGGUUCCCCUUCUUCUUCACCUACAGCCUGCACGCCGUCUGCCGGGAGCGCUGCUCCAUCCCCCCCGCGCUCUUCAGCCUCUUCUUCUGGAUCGGCUACUGCAACAGCUGCCUGAACCCCGUCAUCUACACCUACAUGGUGAGCUGUGAUAAGAUCCCCACGCUGCCCGUCAUCACCUUCAACCUGGGGGGGCAGAGCUACAGCCUGACCGGGGAGCAGUACAUCCUCAAGUUUCCCUCCCUAUGCAGUAAAACUGGUCUGAAUGUAGAGGUCCUGCUGCAGUCCGGCCUCCGGCCAGCAGGGGGCCUCAGAGGGCUGACUGAGCCGUUCCCUCCCCAGGUGGCCCAGGCGGGGAAGACCAUCUGCCUGAGCGGCUUCAUGGGGCUGGACAUCCCCCCCCCGGCCGGCCCGCUGUGGAUCCUGGGGGACGUGUUCAUCGGGCCCUACUACACCGUGUUCGACCGGGACAGCAACCGGGUCGGCUUCGCCACGGCCAAGUAG